AUGGAUAUGGCUUUGCCGUACUUAUGGUUAUGGACACUACUAGCUUUCGUGUUGAUGUGGACGUUGUUCCACGUAGCCAAACUGAGUAAGAAAAAAUCAAAGUUGGCGGAUGCGGCGGUGGAGGACAGAAGAGACAGUGGUGCUGACGUUAUCAUUGUCGGAGCUGGUGUUGGUGGCUCGGCUCUCGCAUAUGCUCUUGCUAAGGACGGGAGGACAGUACACGUGAUAGAGAGGGACAUGAGAGAACCAGAAAGAAUCAUGGGUGAGAUUAUGCAACCUGGAGGUCGCUUCAUGCUAGCUAAGCUUGGCCUUGAAGCUGAUCAAGUGAGUUUGGGAGAAGGUUUCUCGUGGCUGUGUGCCGUUGGCUGUGUGCCGUUGGCUGUGUGCCAUUGCCAACCUGUGCGGCUUGAAGAAGGGACUGUAAAAUCUUUGAUAGAAGAAAACAGAGUGAUCAAAGGUGUUACAUACAAGACCAGCACAGGCCAAGAAACAACAGCAUUUGCACCUCUCACUGUGGUAUGCGACGGUUGCUAUUCAAAUCUUCGUCGGUCUCUUAUCGACAAUAAUGCGGAGGUUCUGUCAUACGGAGCUGGUUACAUCUCCAAGAAUUGUCGGCUUGAAGAACCUGAGACCGUACAUUUGAUAAUGUCUAAGCCUACUUUCACCUUGUUGUAUCAAAUUAGCAGCAAUGAAGUUCGUUGUGUCUCUGAGGUUUCCCCUGAUAAUGUUCUUUCUAUCUCAAACGGUGAAAUGACUACAUUUUUCAAGAAAACUAUAGCUCCCCAGGUGCGUUUUCGACCUGAUGAAUAA